AAAGCCCUGGAGAGUCCUCCCCAAACACUCACCAACUUCUCCCACGUGCCAUUGUUGACUAAGUGCGGCCGCUUCUCCGGGCGCGAGAGGAGGGGACGCGAGGGGGAGAAGGGGGCGGGGUGGAGGCCCGGGUGGGGGAGAUGGAUGACCAGUGCUGGGAGCGAUUGUGUGUGUGUGCGUGCGUGUCCUCGCCGCGAUGUCGGUGUGUACCACAGGUCAUCUGUGUGUGGUGCGCGUCUCCGCACCACGAGUCCCUCUCCUGGGUCUGCACAGUCCACAGAGGCAGCUCCCCUUCAGCUGUUGCCAGAAAACCGGGGAGGAAAGUAAGUAAAUGGCUUUUCUCUUCUGACCACACACCAGCGUCCAUUUGUUGAAUGCCCGACGAUUAGGACACACCUCAGUACACUCCAAAGGCGCCCCUCGGCGCCCGCAGUUAAGGUGACGGGGGAGGGAGGGCUGCCCAGUCCUGCGAAGCCCCGAGCUUGCAGGCCAGGCCUUGGCCCAAGGAAAGGGGAAGGUUGGGCCGGGGACACGCUCCAGGACUCGGCGAAGGGAAAUGCGGCUGGAAGAGCUGAGGCAGCCAGGCUGAAAGGAGGCCACCGCCAGGCACUCUUGACUCCUGUGACUUAGGAAAAGUGUUGGAAGUUGGAGCUCACCAGUGAAGUUUCAGCGCCCUGAAUGCGCCGCUGACAAGCGCACAGCCGCGCUCGGGAGCUGGGCCCACGAGGAGGCUGCCGGGCCUGAUGUGGGCCUCCCCUCCCGACCCAGGCCCCGACCCACCAACGCCGCACCAAGGGGCGGGGGCGGAGCUCUCCGAGAGGGUCAGGGUUGGGGUAGCACAACCUGAUUACCCACACGGCCCUUCCCGCGGCCCAGGACGCCCAGACCAGAGGCGGAGGCGGCGCCUUACGCGGGUCAGCGGCCCCCUGGCGAGACUUCGCAGGACCGGAACUUUCACAGCAACCCGGGAAGGGCGGCAGCAGGCCCGGGUCCAGACCAGCGACAGUCUGCGUUCUUUUUCUCUCCCUUUUCAGUUCUCAAACAAGCAUUAGAGAAGCCCGAACUCAAGCAAGGGGGGGUGGAGGGGGGAAGGCCCAGAGGCCCCGUCCGAACUGGAGGCGAAUAUCAUUUUUACAACCUCUCAAUUAGCGACCGAGUGGAUUAGCACCUUCUUAAGCUUUGCCUCGGAAAGAAGCAGCCCUAAUCUUGUUGCUAUUUCCCCCCAGGGCACUGGCUCUUUGAAUCGCCUCCUUCUCCCACCCCCAGCCCCCACCUCACUGUGCAGAAAAGUUUUAACAACAAAAAAUCAUAAGAGGCAAGGGGCUGGGAGUGAAUGCCGUUGACGUCACGGGCGGGGGGCGCUCGGGGAAGGACUCUUGGAAACCCCUCUGCACCAACAAGAAACAAAAAGGACUUGGCUGCUUCCAAUGUGUCAAUAUUUGGGGGGUGCCCAGCCGGGAGGGAGGCAGAGUUUUCAAAGUUUAAGGAGAUGGGUGGGGAGCGAGAUUUUCUGUUCUCUGGGCGGCUCUCGAGGAGCGUGGGGUGCCGUUCUGCCUCGUGGGGCACCUCGCGCCCUCUGCCAAGUGUCUGUUCUGGGGGCGACUCGGCCGCCUGGGGGCUGGGCCGAGGGGGCAGGGCGCCAGGGCUGGAGGUGUGCACAAAACUCAGACAACUCGCAGGUCGCCAUUUUAAUUGCGCUUCCAACACGAUCGAGGCCCACUUGCUGCCCUCCGAGGCGGGGGGAUCGCGCCUUCCGUUUCUGUCUCGCCUUUGCCCGCCUCUCCCCAGGCCUUCCCCCGCCCCCAUCUCUCCGGCCUGUUCCCGCAGGCGCCGCCGGGGGCCUCCCACCCGAUAGGGGAGGAGGCCUGUGCCGAGCGAGUCACGCUGGGGGACCGCCGCUGGCCCGAGUGCCCGCAGCUUCUGGCCGGUAUUGGUGCGUAAGUGUGAGAUGGGCAGCAGCCCACCGCCAGCGGUCCCUGGCAUUCGCCUGGGCCCCUCCCCGGGUUUCUGGCCUGGAGGCAGCCUCUGGCGAGGCAACGACGCGCCCAGCUCUCGGGGGAUGUGCCUUCGGCUCCCGGCUUCGGAACUAAGAGUCUCCCGCCCGGUGUGCGACGCCUCUGAGCUGCCGCUUUCCACCGCCGAGCAGAGGCGCGGUGCCGGCGCGCUGGGAAGGGUGGAGACGAGCUUUCCUCUGAAGAAGGAAAGUCUCCGCAGACACCUGCGUCACUUCGCAGAGCCUGAAAUGGCUCUCUCUUUUCUGGCCCUGGGAAGGUGGGUUCGCUGGGAGGGGAGCUGGCGAAACGCAUCACACGAGCAGGAAAGGCAAAGGCGCCCGCCCCGCCGCCCAGUUCAGGGUCCUCCUGCACUCUGCGCUCGCUCAGGGCCUUUCCCCCUCUCCUUUCCAGCUCACCCGGCAGCCUGGCAGAGCCUGGACCGCCGGGAGGCCGAGGAGCCGGGACUGGCCGGGAGGUGCCGCCGGGCUGUGGCCACGCUCGCUGGCAAGUGUCAGGGCGCUCUCUGGGUUCCGUCUUCUUCCAGUCACAUUAGGCGGCAAGCGUCUCUGUUUCUGUCCUCCUUUCCCCCGAAAAAUACUUUGGAAAAAAAACAUAGUCCAACGAGGUCUCCCAGCGAAGAGAUCCCUGCGCCCCGCGGGUCCUCCCCAAGCCUUUGAUCCUGGCCCUCCAUGCCGGUGUCCGGAGAGGCACCGGGUUCAAAACUCCUGUGUAGCACUCUUGCACUCAGUGGCACUCUCCGAUUUUUGCAAUUAGUGUUCCCAGGAAAGUUUGUUUUCCAUUUCGUCACCCGGCCCUGUUCCCCAUCUCUCUUUGCCCUGUAACCUCCGUCCUCGAGAGACAGGAGUUCAGCUUCAAACGAAAGGCAAACCAAGGCCACCUCAGUCCCUUCUCCCUGGAGAUCCCCGCUCUAAACAGUUGCCUGUUUGAAAGGCCAGGGACCCAGUCUUGCAAUUUGUCCUGCAGCGAAGCAGGGCACCCGCGCUGGGAACUGGGGGCCUUGAGGGGAUUUGAGGCUGGGGAAGGGGGAGGGCGCAAAUGUCAUGCCUGGCUCGCUUGGGCAGCCGGGGAACCGGGCUAAGCGUAUCCUGACGGGCUUUUAAAAUGACAUUGAUUGAGACAAGCUGUUCCCCACCCCAGUAAGAGUUAAUCUGCCUGUUAAUCAAGGCACUAAGGGGCUCAAUGCGAGUUUUAUUAGCGAUUGGAGAACAGAGGCGGCAGCGAGGGAUCAAAAGCCGGGAUCCCAGAUAUUGGUUAGCGCGGUCACCAAAAAAAAAAAAAGUAUUUUCAAUUAGAGAACAAUUCGGCGCUUUUCGUCACUUCUUGACUCGGUCUCACAGAUGGUGACUUAAAAACCUGGUUAGCUGGGGGCACCGACGCGGCCGCCCACGGCCAGAGGCGGGGAGGAGGUGGCCAAGUCCGCCGGAGCGUCGAGGAAUCCUCCGCCCGGGGCCUGGGACCUCAGAAUGAAAAAUAAAACAACACCGCCAGGCCUCCCUCCGGGCCAGCUCCCCAGGGCCGGCCAGCGAGGGGCUUCCUUCCGCCUGCUGCGCUGUCCCCGCCGCCCUGGAGUGGAGCUGGGCUCCCCUCGGCUUUCCUCUCAAGUUCCAAAAUAAGUAUACAAAUAAACAAAUAAGCUCCCAGGCCCCGGGAGGUUUGAAUAGCAACUCACUCAAUAAUCCAAAUUACGUGAGAGGGUCUGAGGAAAAAGGACAAGCCUGCCACCCACGCCCUGCGCUGUCGGAGGGCGCGGAGCGAGGGGGCGACAGAGGAUGUCCCGGCUCGCCCUGGGCGCGGGGCGAGGACUCUGGUCAGAGGUAAUUAUGUCACCGCGUCUUCUCGCCGUGACAGCCGAAUAAACACAAUCUCCAAUAAACAUCUCUAAUGAGGGAGGAGGCCCGAGGAUGGCUGGGUUUGAUUUAUGACUGGAGGAGAAGGUCCACGUCCCACUGCGAAGCGGGCAACCUGCUGGCCGCCCAGCUCCGGAGAAAGGAGCCCGAGGAGGGAGGACCCAGGCCCAGUGGAAAGAGCAUCAACUUUGGAACCAGACAGAGGUGGUUGGAAGCCAUCCGCCCCUUCCCAGCCGGCCUGCCUCGUGGGCGUCAGUUCCCACGCUCCAUAGAACGAGCACAGACGUGCCUGCGCUCAGGGGUCGUCAGCAUCGGAUGGGAAGCGUCUGUUGAGCACCUGGUCUGGUCCCGACACGUCGAACAGAAGCGCUCACCUGUCACAACUCACCAGGCUGUCCUCAGGGCCGGAGGAGACCCUGGGCCAAGAGCAAGCCCUCGGGAAGCUGUGAAGAGCCACGGCCAUACUCACUGCGGUGAACCGCUCGGGGAGGGUCUUCAUGGUCACCCGCUCUGUGAACAGCAGAGGAAGAGAAGGAUUUCCCUUGAGGAGGAGGCAGAAUCCACUGCCUGGCUCCCGGACGGCACUGUUUGCACCGUGAGACCGUGCGUCAGCUUCCCCAGGUCGCACUGCAGUAACACGCAGCCCUAACAGCUCAGUGGCUCGUGACAAAAAGGUCAAUUCCUUGCUCACGUCGCAUUUCACAGUGGGCGACCUGCGGCUCUGCUCCGAGGGCCUUCACUCAGGGAGCCAGGCUGAAGGAGCAGCUGCUCUCUGCGUUGUGCAGCUUUCCUGGCAGAGAAAUGGCAGCAACACAAAUACACAACGGCUGUUACAACUUCUGUUUGGAUGUGACACAUGUCACUGCCACUCAAGUACCGUUGACCAAAUCAAGUCGCGUGGCCAUGCCUGAUGUCAACUGGGCAGGCGGUGCCAUCUUCUCACAGAGAUGCAGCAAACCCUGGGGAGCAAUGAUGCGAACACCCGCAGCUGGACGGUUCACCAGCUCGGGGCCCCUCCGUACCAGAACCGAACAUCCCAGUGAGGGGCUGCAGGUCUCAGCUGGGGUCAUCAAGCUGGCCGUCUUUGCCACCGCUCUCUCUGGGGUUGUUAGGGAGUUGGAGACCUCACUUCCCACGCAGAGUCCCCGCUCAGUUAGGAGAAGAAACAAGUCCAAAAGACUCAGAGCCUCAGGGUCGGGCUGUGGAGGAAGUGAGUAAAAGUCUGGGAGGGAGGAGCACACACUGAGUGCCCAGAGCACAAAGGUGUCCUUUAGGGAACAGAAACAGCUCAGCCACCAACAGAAAACCAAGGAAAGAGAAAUGAGUUUGGAGCAGGCCUCCCUGGAAGUAAGGCCACGGGUUCAGAGAAGUAGGUUCAAGGACCACCUCAUUCGUCAAGGACAGCCUCAUUCAGAUGAGGAUCAAGGGCAGAUGAGGGGCCUUGGUGGGUGCCAGGUCCGGGGUGAUGGUCCUGGCGGUCAUGGUUUAUCGUUUCAGAGCAGCGUGGACAAGGUUUUGAGCAAAUCAGGUGGCAUCCCAUUUGAAUGGAUUUGUUAUUUGGGGGCAGGACGUGUUCCUGUAAGGAUAUGAAUAGAGAUAAAGGAGGAGGCACAGGAUGCAAAUGGUGUGGGUUGACGUGGGGCGAGGAAGCAUUUACAGCUUCUCAGGAUGUGAGCACCACGUCUGAUUCCUCACCACAAAACCCCACCUCCUCCCCGGACGGCCCCCUGUGGUCAAGAAGAUGGACAAGACGAUGCCCGGUAGUCUUCAGCUGAGCAACUUUUCUGUGACAGAGAAGGCGGCUUGGCGGUGAUGACAUUCAGGGGACAGAUGCUGGCUGCCCUGACAACGCUGUCCUUGGCUGUGUUUUUCUUACCGAAUUGUUUGAAAGUUCAGGUCAAAGGCCCAGAGCCUUCUAGUAUGUUCUCUGUGCUGCAAAUUGAGUCUCUGGUUCAUGGUUGUUGUGGGGAUAUUUCGAAUCAUUGGCCAAGAGGAACAUCUCAGAGCAAGGAGGGACCUUAGAGAUGACGGAACCCGUGGGCACAGCGGCUUGCUUGGGUCCUGCUGGGCAAUCUGUGUCAGAGCUGUGAUGGGGACCCAUCGCCUGGCUUCCAGGCCACAGUGCUUUGCCCCACCCCACAUCAGCUCCCAUCACCAGCCCUGAGAAAUUCUUUCCCCAGACAUAACCCAGAUACUUUUCUUAAUGACCGACUUUGGAUAGUGGCCUCCCUGAGGCAUUUCCCAGACCCCAUCUCAAACGAUGGAUCCCCUUCCUUGAGCCCUUGGCUUGACUGACCGUCCUGCUGCCCUGGCAGGAGCCCUGCACAGCUGGCCCAUUGUCUAGUGGGGAAUCAGCAGGGAACGAAGUACCUGUCCAGGGGGCUGGAUGGCCUGGGACUGUGGCCAAUGAGAGAGGCAGGGCUGAACCUCAGGAGGCUGGCCGCUCGGCAGACAAGGCAAGGCCUUUGCCUUAAUUUCUUCUGCUGUCUGAGCCACUCUGGUGACCAAAGCCAACAUUCACAGGCUGGGAGAAACCACGCUCCUUCCUUCUUGCCCUUCUUUCCACAAGUAGCUGUGGUCCGAGCUGGGCUUUCCAUUUAGACCAGCUGGCUUCCAACUCCAGCUGCGCUGCUCGCUGGCCUGCGCCUCCGGUCUCUCACAUGACCUUCGCGAGCCUCAGUCUCCCUGUCUGUGGGAUGGAGGACGUAGUCUCCACUUCGCAGGGCUGUUGUGGGGAUUAAAGGAGAGGAUGCACGUACGGCACACAGCACAGCGUCUGGCGCCGUGCUCAGAAGGGCUUCCUAUCACUGCUGAUGUUAUCAUCAUUGUCUUCUAACAGCACUUUCUCAGGUGUUGGGCUCACAGCUACAAAAAUGGCAAAUGCAGGCCUGCCCUCUGGGGCUGUGACCACGCAAUGAGGAUGCUGCCUCCUCGUGCGUCCUUCAUGCUCUGAAAACUCAGGGUGCCGAUGCUGGGCCAUCGUUUGGGGCUCAAAGGCCACCCCAUCUUACGACUGAAGCUGAGGCAGAGAGGAGAGGUUGUCCGCCAGGGUCUUGAACUCAAGUCUCUGUGUCAUGUGUUUCCUUUCAUUCAUUCUUCUGUGGUUAACGCAUUUUGAGAUUCUUUUUAGACAGUUUUCUUCUGAAUAUCUGGAUCCCUGGAGUCCACGCGCCCCGGAGCAGGGCUCAGUGCAGAGAGAGGGGUGAGAGAGAAGGGGGAGCUGUGUGCUGGGAGACAGGCCUUCCCAGCAACAGGACCCCGAGCACAAAGGGAUUCAGAAAAUCAGUUUAAAUCAAUGAUGCUCAUAAGACCAAGAAGAAAACAACAGAGACUAUUUCCUUUUUCCGUCUGUCUUGUGCUCUGAAGUUAUUCACACGGCACCUUGGCCCCAGGCCUGUGGCAGGGCUGCUUUCGAAGAUGUGGGUUCCAGUCAGUCAUCGCUGUGUAACAAACUAGCCCAGGAUGUGAUGACUUAAUCGUUUUAUCGUGGCUCCCAAUUCUGGUCAGAAUUCGGGCAGGGCAUGGCCUGGUGGCUCAUCUGCCCAUGUGGCAUGGACAGGGGCCACUUUGGUGGUAUUCGGGGGGUGGACAUGCUGGUCUCUCGGGUCCAGGUGAUGUUUGGAGGCUCCAUCCUCGUGUCGGCAGGGCCAGCUUCAAGGCAGGGCUCCCUGGGACCAAGGAUGGGAGCCUCCACGUGGCCUCUCCACUCAGCCUUCUUGCAUCAGUCGCAUGACCUUUAGAACCAGCUCUAGGAGCCCCACAGCAUCGCUGUGGCCACGCUCUGUCACCUGGAACGGUCACAAGCUGCCUAGAUGUCAGGGCAAGGGACAGACCCCAGCUCUCGGUGAGAGGUGUGUCAACGAGGUCACGUUUUCACGGCCCCAAAGUUGGGCUCCAGAGUGAAGCAUCUUUCCCUCCCUCUCUGAAUGGACCCCUGAGCAGCCAUCAGCACGGAGACUGAUCAAAAGCUGGGGCCAUGGAGCCGUCCUGUCCCCAGGGCGAGGGUCCAGGGCAGCUUGUGCAGUCGCAUCUCUCCCCGAUUUCAUAAACACGUCACAGAACGACUGCUUCUAAUUUGGGCCUGGUCUUGUGAGGCCUGUAACACAUAGGCGUUUUAAUUUGAGCAUUCUGACAUUCGCAUCUCUUUUGUGACCCUAAAAUUGAGUUAUUAAGCAUUUGGCUUAAAAAAUACGUUGCCAGCGAGUGGACCCUGAAGAACUCCCGGCCCUUCCCUGAACCUCACACGCAGAACAGAGACACUCCCACCACCUUCCUGAAGUGCCAGUGCCAUCAGCGCUGGUGGUCACCCAUGUGCCAGGCCCUGUGCAGGGAGCUGUGCACAUGUGAGCCUGUCCACCUCUCUCAAUGACCCUGCAAGGCGGCUGUUAGGCCCAUUUUCCAGGUGAGGAAACUGAGGCCUAGAGAAGCUAAGUGACUUUCUCAAAGUCACACAGUUAGCAAGUGCUGCACUCAUUCAUUCAUUCAACAAACACUCAUCAGGCGCUUGCCAGGUGCAGGCACUGGCCAGGAGCUGGCGGCAGCAGCGGUGGAAGUAAACAGGACACCCACCCUGUGAGGCUCAUGUCCGAGCUGGGAGCGGGAACAGUGACAAACAAACCACGCAUGCAGACGGUGGGCCAGGUGGUGGAGACACCCAAGCGGAGAGAGGAAUCAGGACUCUGGGGCGGGUGGAUCAUCAUUCAAGCAGGGCGGUCGGGCAGCUUCGUGGUGAAGGUGACUCUGAGCAGGCACCAGAAGGAGUGAGGGGUGGCCAGGUGGGGAUGUGGGAGGAGGGACAGGGUCCCAGCUCAGGACAAGAGUCUGCCCCAAGCCCAGGCUCGCAGUCAUUCGCCGCAGAGCAGGCCCACACCGCCUGGGGCUCUUGACCCAGGGGGUUCACGUUCGAGCACAAUGAAUCGUGGGGAGGUCUUGACAUGCCCAAGAUCCCCAGGCCACCGCCAGAGACUCUGAGGCACAGGCUCUCGGAGGGUCUGAAAACCCGUGUUUCUGUUAGGCACCCAGCUGACGCGGGGUGGGGACCACGCUUUGAGGAGCACAGUUAAAGAACCUACAGCAACCUGGGGCACAAAGAGCAGAGACAGCCCUGUGGGGUUACAGGAAUGCUUAGGAUGCUGCUGGGUAACAUCACUUCCAACGUUCCCAUCCCCACCCCACCCCACUCUCCCUAAAAGGGCCAACUGUUCUCUACCACACACACACACAC